UGGAAUACAUCGGUUAUGACUAAUGCGGAUAGCGUGCGGGGGGUGCACCUCAGGCGCGCUCAGAUACUAGGACCAUAUUUUAUGGACCUACAGGAUUCGAUUUGUACAACAUCUAUCUGAAUUGCCAUCUAUGUCAACUUCGUCCUUUGAAUCCUUAAACUUAGACGAGUUCUCUUUCGAGAACCCUAUAAACCGCUCCGCAGGCCGGCGCAACCGCUUGGUUUAUCUGAGCCAUGAUAGCGCUCACUUCGCCGAAGUUGAAGACCUCUUUAACAAGGGAUGGCGACAUGGCAGGAAAUCGAGGCCACAAAUACAAGGGAUUUUUAAGAUUCUUUGGCCCGACAGCAAUCUAGAGCCAUAUUUACAGUACAGGAAGCAGGUACAGGCCCGCGUAAGGGCUCGGAACAAGGCCGGGAACGAGAAUUUACUCUUCCACGGUACAAACAGGGCAUGUCUCUUGGGAGAAUCCUCAAGAAACGUUCUCUUAUGUGGCCUUAAAGAAUGCUAUCUUUGUUCUAUCUUGCGCGCAUCUUUUGAUGUGAAGAAAUGCGGUACGAAGAACGCUUUCAAGAGGUUUGGGCAUGGUAUAUAUACCACCGCUUGCUCGUCAAAAGCCGACGAUUAUUCUUGCAACUUGUCACAAGAUGCAUGCCUUCGCACCAUGCUGGUCAGUCGCGUUGUCGUUGGGAGACCGUACAAACGGUACAGGAAUGCACCUUACCUCGUGAAACCUCCCGAUGGCUUCGAUUCUGUUACUGGUGAAAUUGGCUGGGACCUGAACCACGAGGAAACUGUAUGCUACACUAAUGACGCUGUGCGUCCUGCGUAUCUCAUCGUAUAUGGCCAUAAGCCCAAAGAUUCGCAUAAACCAAGCUUUAAAACACUGAUGUCAACGAUAUUCAAGACUCCGUUAGUUUCAUGAACGAACAUAUCAUGCAGGCAUGGGGAUGUUUGAGGAACAUUACUUAUAUAUUGAAUUAUUCGACGCAGCAUGUACGCUUGUAACACUAGUACUGCUACAUAUAUAGCAUAGGGCGCAUAUCACGGGAUAAGCAAAAGAACAUAUUUAAAUAGUCAAAAAUUCCAUAUCCCAUGUUCGGAGAGUAU